UAGUUGAUACUUCAAGAUGCUGUAGGUUACUCGUUGACAUAGCGAGUCUUUUUAUUUUUUUACCCUUUUUGUGUUUUUAAAAAAUGGCAAGUCUGGUAGGCUUCGCUGGCGUUGCAAGUUGCACGCAGGCAGCGGUGCAGAUAGUAAUGAGCGCACUCUCUCUGGCGCAAUACUUUUGCUUGAUUGACUUUCUUCAGGAUCUACCAGAAUUGCUUUACAUCAAAAUCCUGUAUUACCAUAAUCCAGCUAUUUGUGGGCAGCGAGUAAACAUAGGACAAUCUCUCACUGAAGUAAGCAAUCAGGCGUUUGUUCUCAUAAGAACAGAACCAUUUACAGCAACUAGAACAUUCUAUAUUAAUUGUGUACACCUCGGUCUAGGAGUCCUUUGGUUCUUCGCAAGUGUUAUCUUGAUUGCCAGCUGGACUAACAAUAAAAGAACGCCGACAAAAUGGCCUUGGAUAGUAACUACAAUUAGCAUUUGUGCAUUAGAUGUCGUCGCCAUUGUGAUAUUCGCCAAUGAUGUGUUCUUCACUAGAACUUUAAAUGAGAUUAUGAACUACAUCGGAGCGACAGCGAGUGGAUUAGGUAACACAGUGCUGGACACAAGAUUGGCUGUUUGGAUAAUGAUCGGUUUAUAUGGAAGACUGGGCGUUUUUUUUCUCUUAAAUAUAAUUGUUUUGAUAGUGGUAGCGAUCAAGAAACGAGAGGUUACUGUUUUGGCGGAUAAUAUAUCAGAGGCACCGUCCACCACUAAGCUGUAUGCUAGAAGGGACACACCAAAUUUUGAAGAUAGCGUCUCUACAAGUGGAACAAGUUACGAUCUUGAAGUCGAUCGAAUACCGCGCCCCACUUUAACAAGAAAAACAGACUCAGAAAUGGAUAAAAAAGUAAAGUUCAUUGCAGAUAUAAUAACUCCGCCGGUAGUUGCGGAAAAUAAAGAAAAUAUUCAGGAACGAAGAAACAGUAUUGACAUAUCAAUUGUGGGGACAGCUGCGCAUAGCCAGCCGUCUACUAGCUCGAUGCAACCACUUCCCGCUCCAGAAAAGAAGAUAGGCAAAAAGCCUAGCACAGCGGAACUUCAUUGUCAACUUCCAUGGUCUUACCUUCCAUCUACGUCACAACCAAUGCGGUCCCAACUACCCCCUGAUGAAGAUCUGCCUCCGGUACCAUUACCGGACUACACAGUUAUUCAUAAUCCAAGAAAAGCCUCUGUACAUAGAGCGCCAUCAAAUUUAGGAUCACCACCUGUACCACGUAUUAAAUUUCCUACGUCAGUACUGGCAUCUGCUCAACUGAAAAAAAGUGAUGUUUUGUAUUAACGUCGAGAUAUAAUAAAAUAAUGUUUACCAGGGGAGCGGCGACGGCAGUACCUUGAUGACGUUCUACCGAAAGUAUUUCUGUAUUAUGCAAGUGUUAAAAGCUUUUUAAGCUCCCGGUGGUUUAAAAACCCGAGACUGUUAAAGAUUAAGCAUUAAGUGUUUGUUUGUGCGGGUGACGUAAUCAUUAACGAAACUAUAUAAGUGAAAUAUUGGAUUCUAAAAGGGCAUACGUCAUGGCCCGAUCGUAGUAUUUAUCAUUUUGUAAUGUAGCCACACUCUUUCAUGUAAUAAUGAAUAAAUGCUAGAUAAAAAUUUUAUUUACCGAUAGAGGCGGAUAUUUUUUUUUU